AUGUCGGCAGCCUUAAACAGAUUAUUAUGCUCGCGCUCAACAAACAUCAUCGCGUUUAGAAAAUCCUUCUCUUGCGCCUUAGCAGCCCAAGCAGAUUUAAUUCCCAGUGCCAAUGCGCCAAAAUACUCGGCGUCGAGGGCCAGAAAUUUGUUCUCCAGGAUCAAUUCCGUCAGAAAGGAUAACGACGUCGUUCGGGUUCUCGACGAGUGGGUGGCCGAGGGCAGACAUGUCCACCCUCUCGAGCUCAGACCCAUUAUUCGCCACCUCCGGAGCCGCCGCCGUUUCUCUCAGGCUCUUAAGAUUUCGGAGUGGAUCAGUUCCAAUCAUGCAUUUAAAUUUAUAUCGGGCGAUUUUGCCGUGCAUUUGGAUCUAAUCGGUGUUGUCCAAGGCUGGGAAUCUGCCGAAGGCUACUUCGCUAACCUAAACGAGCAAUACAAAAACGAGAAGACGUAUGGGGCCCUCCUCAACUGCUAUGUGAGACAAGGCCUCCUGACCAAAGCGCUUGACCACAUGCAUGCCAUGAAAGAGCUCGGGUACAGCUCAUCAACCCUCACCUACAACAAUCUCAUGGCCCUCUACAAGAAGGAAGGGAAACUCGACAAGAUUGUCGAGACUCUCUCGGAAAUGAAGAAAAAUGGUAUCUCCCCCAAUAACUUCUCCUACAGAAUAUGCAUAAGCUCAUUCGGUGAAAAAUCAGAUGUGGACUCCAUGGAGAAGCUUUUAGAUGAAAUGGAGCUGCAGGCUGAUGUGGACAUAGACUGGUCCACGUGCUCUGUUGUGGCCUAUCAGUUGAUAAAAAACGGGCGGGAAGAAAAAGCCCUUGCCUACAUGAAGAAGUUGGAAGCAGGUCUCGAUAAAGAUGCUUUGGGCUACAAUCACUUGAUUUCGCUCUAUGCGCAUCUCGGGAACAAGGAUGAGAUGUUGAGAUUGUGGGCUUUGCAAAAGAGGGUGUGUAAAAAGCAGAACAAUUGGGAUUAUAUAAAUAUGCUCGGUUGUCUUUUGAAGCUUGGGGAGUUUGACGCAGCUGAGGUGGUUUUGAAGGAAUGGGAGUCUUGUUGCCACACCUAUGACUUUAGAGUACCGAAUACGCUUUUAAUUGGGUAUUGUCAGAAGGGUUUGGUCGAGAAGGCUGAAAUUAUGCUUCGAGAUAUCAUGGAGAAGGGGGAAAGACCGACUCCCAACAGUUGGGGUAUUAUUGGUGCAGGGUAUUUGGAUGAGGGUAAUUUCAGGAAGGCAUUUGAGUGCGUGAAGGAAGCUGUGGGUGCGAAAGAACGUAACUUGAAAUGGCGGCCGAAGCCCGGUUUAAUCGCAGAGUUGUUGAGCUGGCUUGGUGAUGAAGAGGAGUAUGAAGAGGUGGAUGCUUUCGUGCGGUCAGUUUCGGCAGUGGUCCCCGUGAAUAGAGAGAUGUAUUGUGCAUUGAUUAAAGCAGGUUUAAGAGCGGGGAAGGAUAUAGGAUCGAUUUUGGAUAGGAUGAAAGGUGAUGGGAUUGGUGUAGACGUUGAAAUUGAGGAGAUGAUAGGGAUAUGA